UACCCCAUACAUCUAUACCGCACUGCUUCACUUAUUAGGAGUAUUAUGAAGUUGAUGCAUUGUGUGGAGUAUUGUGAUCAUCCCUUAACCACAACUGUAUUACAUAGAGCGAUAAACUCAGCUCUGCUGUGAUUAAUUAUAGCGGAAUUCCAAUAAGGGAAAAGAAAGGAGUAAUUCUAUUCAAUUCCCAAAAGCUUUUCAUGGUUACCAGCUGAGCUAGAAAGACAAAAUGAUAGAGACAUAUAAAGAGUGAUCAAGAGUGCAAAAAAAACGAUGAUGGGCAAGCAGUGCACUGGAGGAAUUGAGUGGAAAAAAAGGAGAAGAAUACUGCAAAAGGAGGGAGUGAUGCCGGGAAAGGUGAGGAGUUAUAAAUAUUGAUUACCGUUCUUGUACCGAUCCAAAGACAUGACAAGGUAGCACUCAGGUGCAAGGUGUUCUUUGGCAAGAACGCGAAACAACUCGUUUGUUCCCAGGCUCGUUUUUUUACUCCCUCACUCGCUCUGUCAUUCUGACAGAUGCCGCCUUGCCUGAGAGCGCCACAACUUUCCUCAGCUAGGAUGGGGAUGUAACGUGUAGAGAGGUAGAGAAUGAGAAAUUGCCUUUUCUUGUUUCGUCUCCCAGCCUUUGUGGAGUGGCGGACUGCUCCUGAGAGUGCCAUGUGACUACUUCCACAGUGCUUUGGAGCUAUUUUCCCCCUCUCCCUCUCUUUUUUCCUUCCAACGAUGAGUCGCUGAAGAGGAGAGGAGGUGGAAAGAGGAGGAUAUGUUUUCCGUUUCGCUCAAGUGCCGGAUGGGGGUCAUCAGACGCAGGAUCAAGGAUGAUGGGCCGUACUCUAAGGGGAACAAGGAUUCAAUGGGGCCAGACAACUCCCUCACAUCCAGAAGACAAAGCAUCCCAGAACUGCGUGGGGUUACAUUGGUUGAGCUGAUUAAGAAGGAAGGAAGCACUUUAGGUCUCACCAUCUCGGGCGGAACAGACAAGGACGGCAAACCACGCGUCUCCAACCUGCGGCCGGGUGGACUGGCGGCUAGGAGCGAUCAGCUCAACGUGGGCGACUACAUCAAGUCAGUCAAUGGGAUCAACCUGACCAAGCUGCGUCACGACGAGAUCAUCAGUCUGCUAAAAAACGUAGGCGAGCGUGUCGUGCUGGAAGUGGAGUAUGAACUGCCUUCACCUGCGCCAGACAGUACCUCAGGUGUUAUUUCCAAGACAAUCGAGAUCUGUUUGCAGAAAGAGGGCAACAGCUUCGGCUUUGUUAUGCGAGGUGGAUCCCAUGAGGACUGGCACAGAUCUCGUCCUUUGGUGGUCACACAUGUCCGACCUGGUGGUCCUGCUGACAGGGAAGGGACCCUAAAAGCAGGCGAUCGGAUCUUAAGUGUGGAUGGUGUGGUUUUACACAGUGCCCCUCUGAGCGAUGCUCUUACAGUACUGACUCAGUGUGGCCAGGAGGCCCUGUUCCAGAUCGAGUACGAUGUCUCCAUCAUGGACUCGGUGACAAACGCUUCAGGUCCUCUGCUGGUAGAGAUUGCCAAGGCGCCCGGAGCCAGUCUAGGAAUCACUCUGACCACUGCCAUGCACAGGAACAAACAGGCCAUCGUCAUCGACAAGAUCAAGCCCGCCAGUGUGGUGGACAGGUCUGGAGCGUUACACGUGGGUGAUCAUAUCCUGUCUAUAGAUGGCACCAGCACAGAGCACUGCUCCGUCCUGGAGGCCACGCAGCUGCUGGCCAGCACUACUGAUCAGACCAAACUAGAGAUCCUCCCCGCACACCAAACACGCCUGCCCGGGAAACCCCAGGACACUGUGAAAAUUCAGAAAAGUGACCACCCGCACUGCUGGGACCCCUGUGUGAACUACUGCCAUUCUCAACAUCCUGGUCACUGUAAGACAUCGACAUGGACCUCUACUUCCAGUAACCCAUCCAGCUCUCAGGAUUACUGCAAAUCGGUAGUCUGCACUAACUUCUCUCCUGGGUCCACUACCACAUCAGGCAUGACCAGCCAGGGUUCGAGCACGCUGCCCCGGGCCGCUCCUCCCAUGAGCCCACGGAACUCCAUGCUAAAGAGACGACAAAGGAAAAAAGAGCACAAAAGCUCCUCUGUGUCUUUAGCCUCAAGUUCUGUGGGCCCUGGUGGUCAGAUCAUCCACACAGAGUCCAGUGAGGUCACUCUGAGAGGAGACCCUCUAAAUGGGUUUGGGGUUCAGCUGCAAGGUGGAAUAUUUGCGACAGAGACCCUCUCUGCACCCCCUCUUAUCCGCUUCAUAGAGCCGGACAGCUCGGCCGAAAGGUGUGGGCUUCUCCAGGUUGGAGACAGAGUCUUAUCCAUCAACGGAAUUCCUACAGAAGACGGAACGCUGGAAGAGGCCAAUCAGCUGCUCCGGGAUGCUGCUCUGGCCAAUAAGGUCACGCUAGAGAUUGAGUUUGAUGUAGCAGAAUCUGUUGUGCCUAGCAGUGGAACAUUCCAUGUGAAGCUGCAGAAGAAACGAGGAGUGGAACUGGGCAUCACAAUCAGUGCCAGUAAGAAACCAGGAGAGCCUCUUAUCAUAUCUGACAUUAAAAAAGGCAGCAUAGCACACAGAACAGGAACUCUGGAGCCUGGAGACAAGCUGCUGGCCAUAGAUAACAUCCGUCUGGAGAACUGCUCCAUGGAGGACGCCGUCCAGAUCCUCCAGCAGAGCGAAGACCUGCUCAAACUCAAAAUCCGCAAGGAUGAGGACAACUCAGACGAGCAGGAGUCAUCCGGCUCCAUCAUCUACACGGUGGAGCUGAAGCGCUACGGCGGCCCGCUAGGCAUCACCAUCUCCGGCACCGAGGAGCCCUUUGACCCCAUCAUCAUCUCAGGCCUGACCAAGAGGGGUCUCGCUGAGAGGACUGGAGCCAUUCAUGUUGGCGAUCGUAUUCUGGCCAUCAACAGUGUCAGUCUGAAGGGGAAGCCGCUCAGUGAAGCCAUACACCUGCUGCAGAUGGCAGGAGAAACCGUCACCCUCAAGAUCAAGAAACAGACCGACACAGCAGAUGAUAAGAACGAUCUGGAUAAUGAGCUCAGCGAUAACGAGGACGACAUGACCGACUCGCAGAAGACCAAUAAACUGUCGGACAUUUAUUCCACCACUAUCCCCAGUGUGGAUUCGGCCAUGGAGUCGUGGGACGGCUCGGGAAUCGACGGCGGUUACAGCAGCCAAGGUGCCUACACCCAUCAGGCCGCUGGGAUUGCGCUACACCCUCACGAGUGGCGUAACAGCAAGCAGAGGAACAGCACGCCUCCUCCGUCCCGCCGCAAGAACUACCCCUUCAGUGACGGAGGAUUCAGUGAGGACGACUGGGACAAAGCUGCCGGAUACAGCAGCCAGCCGCAUGCAGACGGCCUCAUGAUGGAGCAGGAGGACAGUUUCUGGUGCCAGGCCCUGGAAGACCUGGAGACCUGCGGCCAGUCCGAGCUCCUGCGCGAGAUCGAGGCAUCGAUAAUGACCGGCAGUGCCCUGAGUUUGGGUGUAGAGGGUGGAAAGGCCCACGGCGAGACGGUCAACCAACCUCACCUCAGCCCUCUGAGAAAAGCCCCGCAUCUCGUCAACGAAACCAAGAACAAGAGCACGCUCCGUAUGUCCGAGAAGACCUGGGAGUCACGGAGGAUCAAAGAAGAGAUCCAGGACAUCCUGUCGCCCACACCGUUAGAGCUGCACAAGGUGACUGUGAUGAAAGACCCAGAGAGCGAUGACUUUGGAUUCAGCGUAUCGGACGGUUUCUUGGAAAAGGGUGUUUACGUGAACAUGAUCAGACCUGAAGGUCCAGCGGAUCGUGCUGGACUCAAACCCUACGACAGGAUCCUUCAGGUGAACCACGUGCGGACGCGAGAAUUCGACUGCUGCUUAGCUGUGCCCCUCAUCACAGAGGCCGGAGACAAACUUGAGCUGGUGAUUAGCCGAAACCCAUUAGCACAGCCGGGUGUUGCCCAGCCCCACGACUGCCAUCCACACUUCAACCCUGUAGGCCAUUCCCGUGAGCACCAGACCAGCACGCUGGACCUGUGACCACUGGGUAACUCAGACUAUGACCACCCCGGCCAUUUGUUGCAAUCAGAAGGAGCCAUGAUUCACUGUAUUCAUUACAAAACUCAAAUAAACUGAAAUGUCCAGAUUAUAAAGAGUGAUCGUGGAAACGAAACAACAAAAGAGUUGAGCCAGUUUUCAGUACAAAACUCGAAAGGAUCUGAGCCAGUUUUUUGUUCUGAGACAGAACAAAACAAAACAAAAAAGUGUUGGACUACUACAUUGCAUACACCAUACAUGCCCAUCAAAACAUUCUUUUUUUUCUUUACUAUGGAGCCUAGCACAUGAUACGGGGAGAAAUAUUAAUAUAAUGGCCACAAAAUAAGAAUUCAUUCUCAUGACUUAAUUAUUCUCCAAGUUUUUGUAAAUCAUGGCCACGUUGUACUGACUCAUUCCCUCAUUCCCAUUUUCAUAAAUCAUGGUCACGUACUGAUUGUACUGAUUUCCUCAUUUUAGUAAAUUGUGGCCAUGCUCUACUGAUUCAUUCCCAUGUUUUAGUAAAUUGUGGCCACAUUGUACUGAUUCGUUCCUUCGUUUUUGUAAAUCGUAGUCACAUUGUACUGAUUUGUUUCCUUGUUUUAGUAAAUUGUACUAAUUCAUUCCCUUGUUUUGGUAAACCGUGGUCUAAACAAAGGUACGAAUUAGUGUAAUGUGACUGCAUUCAGCUAAAAUGAAGAAACAUUUAAUUUAAUUCUUAAUUUGUGGCCAAGAUGUAGAUGUGUUUUUUUUCCCCGUACAGUGUUUUUUUUUUUGGUUUUAUUUUCUUGAAAUGUUUUAUUUAUUUAUUUAUUUUGGAUAAAAACAUACUGUGUCCAAAUGUUUACAAAAAAGAAAAAGAAUUCUGCUUUUGAAGUAGAUCGCCAUUAGACGUAAACAUUUUUUAAAUGUUUCUUAUGUUUUCAGUAGCAAGUGUUUUUACUUCCAAAACAAACUACAAAUUAAGCUUUAUUUUUGUUUUAGUCCUGGAUGAGUCACUGAAGGAAUACCUUCAGGCACACAUUGUCCUUUCUCACAAACACAUACACUACUACUAUAAACAGACAAAACACAGCCAUUGUUCCCUAAACGCAUAAACAUUAUAGACUCCCUACAAAUAAACUUAAAUUUGCCUCUGUGUCAGACACAAACAUACACACAAGCGCUUCAGGCCACGAGUGCCAUGACAACAAUGCGCAUGGUGACUGCCUGCUGCUCUAACACUAAAGUUGCUGUUUGAUAUUGCCAACAAAGACUUCACAGCCUCUCUGUCAACAAAACAUUUCUUAUUUCCCAGGAGUAUGAUGCAUUUUCCAUGAAUAGGGUAUAUUUAAGUGUGCCAUUACUUUUUUAUUGCAAUAAACACAAAAUUACAUGAUAUAUAUCAUGUUGUUAUUUUGCACAAUAUGCUAAAUUUAAUUAAUUUUCAAUUAACUGUAGUCGAAAUAAUUUUUAAUAUUAACACAUUUUAUCCAUCAGAAUUAAUAUGUACAGUAGCUUUGUCCUGCAUUUUGUGUGCAACCCUGUUACUUUAUGAAUUCCCCCCAAAAUUUAAUUUCCUUAAAAUAUUAGAACAUGAAAUUAUUGGACACCUUUGACAAGGCAGAAAAAGAAAAGAAAAAAGUAAAUAAUAUUUACAUAAAUACUAGUGUUAAUCAAGUUUAAUCGUUCGACUAUAUUAUUGUAACAAAAAUGAUCAAACAAAUAUGAUAUUUUGAAUUAAAAUUAUUUGUCAAAUAUGGUUAUCAAUGACUACAAACCAACAUUUGAUCCCAAACUAGUAGGCCUCUACUGAGUGAUGGCAUAAUUUUGGCUAAAUUUUAAAAACAGGGUUGAAAUAAUUGCAGACCUGAUAUAAAAUGGCUAGAAAAGAAAGCAUGAUAAUUUGACUGAAAUUAAUAAUCAACAUUUUCUGAAGGAAAGUGACUUAUUUUGUAUGUAAUUUUACCCUAUUUGUGCAAAGUGCAUUUGCUCAAGAUUCUUUCAUGAGAAACAAGAAGGUGUGAUAAUGAUAUGCACACACUUAAUUUGUGACACAUUUUUAGUUAGCAGUAUGUACUUCCAUUACCUACACCCUCAAACGGCAACAUGUACUCUCAUGCAGCAAUAAAAUGGGGGUUUGACAUGGCCUGGCUUCAUUGACAUGUCAUUGACUUCUUGAAAAGAAAAUACUGUGGUAGCCCUACCUUUUCUCUCCACAUACCUCUCUUGAUCUUUCAACACCAAACUGCUGCCGCAACGUAGCAUUCGCUCCAGUCCCCACAAACAUCCAGGCCUCAAGGGCACGUUCUUUCACGGUAGACUGUCGCCAGGCUGCCAUUUGCCACCACUGGCCAAAUAAUUACAAAUGUUUCCGCCACAGGCUAUUUCAGACACAUCAGUUCAGGGGUGUUUGUAAAGCUGUCACAUCGUUAACUCAUGUUCCGCACUUGUGGGGCACCUAGGUUUUACAAAGUCACGUCUCUGUGGACAUGUGCGGCCCCACGAUCUAUUAACCUCCACUAAACAUUUAUCUAGUGUUUCACAAAUGUGCGAUUCAUGGACUCCAUUGGGCCGUGGUUGAAUUUCUCCUGACAGCUGAAAGGGGAACUGAGGACAUUUAGUGUCGUCUGUUGUGUUGCGUGUUUGUAUCAUGGAAUAUUCUGCUGCUAUGAGAACCGUUUCACCCCACAAGACAAUUCUUUUGUGGAACAUUUGACGUGAACAACUGGUUAAAGCGGCUAAAGUAAACUUGUUGAGGGUGUGUUUUAUCCCUUUGUGUGUGUUCGUGGGCUUGAGAUAUAUGGAAUCUAAUGUCUUUGAAGUUUCUCAGAAACCACCGUUAGGAUGCCUCCUGACUAGGUUUGGGAAUCAAUAACCGGUUUUAUUCUGGGAACUGAUUCCAUUUUUUUUUUUUUUUUCAUAUGCAAAGUGAACACUGUGUUCUAAAUACUCUUAAAAAAUGUAUUUAAUUAGGUUUCUCAAAGACCACUGUUAAGAUGCUUCCUGGCUAGAUUUGGGGAUCAAGAAGCGUUUUUAUUCUGGCAAAUGGUUCCACUUUUUGCAUGGGAACACUGUGUUCUAAAUACUCUUUUAAUUGGGUUACGUUUCCAAUAUACAUAGUUGGGACAGACCCUACAGAGUAUUUUUAUCCUGGAUGAAGAAAUGUAUCAUUUUUCUAAUCCAACUUAUUAAGAGAAGAAAAUUUCUAGCUCAUCCAAAUUCUGUCAUUAUUUACUUUACUAAAAUUAUUGCCAAAUUUUUAGCGCAGAGCUAUUAUAUGUGCUUUUUGCAACCUGAUGGACAAGGACACUAUGAUGUUGGUUUUCUUCCAUUAUUUUUUUUUUUUUUUUUUUUUUUUUUAGACCUAAAUAACAUUUUUCCACUGUAAAGAACCUUUUAUGGAAUGGAACAUUUCCGUGGAUGUUACAGUUUCCUUAUGGAACCAUCAAUGUUAAUAAAGAACCUUUAUUUUUAAGAGUGUGAGUAAAUAAUGACUCCAAUAAUUUUCAUUUUGUGGUAAAGUACUCCUGUCAACACUAAAAAGUUACCCACUUGGACUGUUGAAAGCUACAUUUGUCCCUGUAUAGGUUGCAGACUUAAAUGUUUCUCGGUUCACCUAAUAACCAUAAGCAAUGCUCAGCUCAGCUAUAUCCUGUUUUUCCCCUCAUUCAGGACUUCCUCCCUUGUGUGAUUCAAGCAGUUUUCCCACACUUAAAAGUCUGAUUUUGGGGGUUAUUUCUCCUUCAGUGUGGUCCUGUCCACACCAAAACACUUAUACCCUGUAAUUAUUUGUGGAUUAGGUGAAUUUAUUUCCUCACCCUGCAGUCUUUACUACCAUGUUGAAAGCACAAGCAAAAUCUAUUUGCAGUAAAGUAGAAAGCACUUAUUGUUCUACAAGACUUUGGUGAACAAUCAGAGUCUCUGUUCAGGCCCAUCGCAUUAGGAGUCUACCCAGGGCUUGCUCCUAGGCCCCUUUAAGUUUUCGUUUUUUCUCCCCACUACCUUCUAGUUGGUUGCAGAAUUCCAGUAACUGCCUCCAAAAGCUGACUACAAAAAAGAAGACCUUUAUUUUAUGUAAAAUUUCUUUUUUGGGUCUACUUUGUGGUAGACCACAUUUUGUCUGCAGGUCAUCACAAUGCAGGCAAGUAAGUGAAGUCUCAAAGAAGGGACAGUUUAAUUUCUGAGACGUUUAACAAUGGUAUUGUUUAGUGUAAGUAUUUUAACAUGUUGUAUGUACUAUUCCAGGAGAAAAGACAAUGGGGUUCCUUUUAUACGUGCAAUAUUGAGACCAGAGAAGGCUUUUAAAGGAUUUUACAUAAGCUUUAUAAAGCUCCAAACAUGUUCAUCCCUAUGCAUUUUGAAUUCCUAAUUAAUGUAUGCAUUGAUAUUUAUGUGUAUUUUUGAAUGUGUAAUAUGAAAGUUCUAUUCUCUGUACAGUAUUUUUGUAUGAACUCUAAAUCUUGCUGUUUCCACAGCGUAUUUGAAGCACAAUGGAGAAAGAGAACCAAUAAUCAAGUCUAUUCUGGUUUGGCUAGACUGGUUUGGUGUUGAGACCCAUUCCUAAUCGAUACGGGAAUGUGCUAAUGAUAUCCUUUUCUAAAAACAACUGAAUAAAAGAGGUAAAAUGCA